AUGGCAUCGCGACAAUGCCUCAAGUGGCCUCUGCCCAGCCACCUGCCCUCAAGAGGCUUCACAAACACACGGCCCCGUCGCAUAGCACCCUCGAUUUUGAUCUCGUCGCCCCGAAUACCAACCCCUCUGAUCCGCCCGAUCCCUCCAGCAUCGACCCUCCCGCGCCGCUUCUUCUCCCACUCAUCGAUCCGCCCCCGUGAGAUCGACCCGCGAAAACAACCACAAGUCGACUAUGACCCAAACCUGGGUGACCCGUGGUACCACCACCGCCUGCGCAACGCAAAGCCCCUCUUCAGGGGCAACGCCAGGACCAUAAUCCGCUCCCCGCGCACCCACACCGUCGUCGUCGUCUCCAUCGCCCUCGCCCUGGCCUUCUACUGGUACAACAUCGAGGUGGUCCCCGUGUCGGGGCGCAGGCGGUUCAACUGCUACUCGGAGGCCACGGUGCAGGACAUGUCGGACAUGCAGUACAAGCGGCUCAUCUACGACAUGGAGCGGUCCGGCGCCCGCUUCCUGGGCGACUGGGACCCCCGCACCCUCAUGGUGCGCCGCGUCAUGGCGCGCCUGAUCCCCGUGAGCGGCGUCGACGACGGCACCAAGUGGGAGGUGCACGUCAUCGACGACCGCACCACGGCCAACGCCUUCGUGCUCCCCGGCGGCAAGGUCUUUGUCUACAGCGGCAUCCUGGCCCUCGCGCGCACAGAGAGCCAGCUGGCCGCCGUGCUGGGCCACGAGAUCGCCCACAACCUGGCCAAGCACUUUGGCGAGCGCCUGUCGCAGUCCAUCGGGGAGUCCUUCUUCCUCGGGUCCGCCCUGAUGCUGCUGGCCGCCACCCCGCUCACCUUCAUCGCCGGCUGGCUGUUUGGCGGCGACCUGCUGAGCCUGCUGUUCUCGCGGCCCAUGGGCCGCAUGCAGGAGAGCGAGGCCGAUUACAUCGGCCUGAUGAUGAUGGCCGAGGCGUGCUAUGACCCGCGCGAGGCUGUCACCUUCUGGCAGAGGAUGGACCGCAUGCACCAGCAGAGCGAGGUCGAGGUCCCCGAGUGGGCGUCCACGCACCCGUCGAACCAGCACCGUAUCGAGCGCAUCACCGGGUGGCUGCCCAAGGCCAUGGAGAAGCGCGAGGCCAGUGACUGCCACGGCACGCAGGGCUUUGCGGAGAUGUUUAGACGGGCUAUGGCUAGGGGGGACGUAAUGAGCGGCGGCAUGUAG